AUGAUGCACCCUUCUGGUGGUGAUUCAAUGUACCUCGACAUGGCAAUGGAGAAAGGUGACGAGGAGGCUAUAUCGCCAACUCUAGCCUGUAGAGAGAACGAGAAGACGGGAGGUUUCUUUCGACUUUUUAAGAAAGACUCAAGAACUGAUGAUCAGACGCCCCCGCUCGAUUAUGGGCUCUCACACCCAGUCGAACCAACUACAAUCGAAACCGAUCCUCCUCCCGAUACAUCCCCCGCCUACAUCGCCUCCACAUCUUUGAGCUCCAAGCGCCGCGGUUUCCGACGCUCCUGGAUAGCACCAAUCAAUAGAUUUAAUUUCACUGGUUUCGGUGUCGGUGGCGUGGCCUUCACCAUCCAAAGCUAG